GGGAAAGAGUUUAGUUUUUCUUUGUUACUUGAAAGUAAAAGAACAACAAUGGCUGCUAAAGUGAUUUCGCAAGAAACCUUCGAUGAUGUCGUCAAAGAGAAUAUCAUCGAAUUUUCAAUGGACCCCGAAGAGGCUAAACAGGAAACCAUCAAACAAUUUGAAGCUCAGGGAAUUAACUUGGCAAACAUCAUUAAAGAUUUGGAUAUCAAUACGGACACUGGAAAGCCCAUACUCAAUGAGACAAUAGACCAAUUAAAACUGCAUUUGGAUGAAAAAUCCACAGACAAAGAAAAGUUAAUCGACCUGCUAAAGGUUAUUGAUGCUGAGUGUCAAAAAUCUAUACCACAUCGAGUGUUGGCUGCAAAGCAUGAAACCCACACAUAUAUUUUGAAAAUAUUAGGUCAGCAAUUGGAAACCGCAGAUGCCCUAACGGACACAGACCUAUUAGAGACUUCACUGAAGACAUUGAAUAGCCUCUAUCACAUUCAACCCGAUAUAUUCGAUGCCACAGCAUUGACCUAUGUUAAAGCAUUGCUUGAUCUAUUUGCCACAAAGGAAAAGGUUAUUUCUCUGACACUACAAUGGCUGCAGAAGUGUUGUCUGAUGCACGAAAUCAAUCGUCAGAAUAUAGUGAAGGCCGAUAUUGCCAAACACUUGAAACCUUAUGUGACCAAGGAAAACGGUAAGGUGUUGCGUGAUGUAUUAUCUGUUUUGCGAUUUUUGGUUUUGGACGAUGACAUACGUGUGGAAUUUGGUUGUGCCCAUGAGCAUGCUCGACAACUGGCCGGAGAAUUUAUUGUAACACUGACACAGCUGCUGGGCGAAUUUCAAGAUGUUAAUAUUUUAGCUGAUCUAAUGCUUACAAUUGGUUCGCUGGCCGUGCGUCAAGAGUUUUGUGUUGCAGUCGAUGAGGCUGGUUGUAUUAAGUUGGUGCUGCAAGCUAUGAAUGAUAAUAUCAACUCUGUACGCUUAAAUCGAGAAGCUCUUAAACUUUUACGUGCCUUGGCUGGACACGAUGCUGUUAAAAGCCACAUUGUUCAGGGAGGUGUGGCACCCAUCCUAAAAGAAGUGAUUCAAACACACAUGGCCAAUGAGAAUGUGGUCAGUGCCGCUUUAGCCUGCAUCUCCACACUAACGUUGCGUGUCAAAGAUAAUAGUAAAACAUUUUUUGACACUGGUAUAGCAGAGACUAUUGUUGAAGCUGUAAGACGUCAUCCCAAAAAUAAAAUUGUACAGCGUAACGGUGCUUGGGCUAUACGUAAUAUGGUCUCAAGGUCUAGAGAACAAUGCGACACUUGGCUAUCGUUUGGUGUUGAAGAUGUACUCAACGCUGCCAUGAUCGAACAUCCAUCUGUUGUUACCGAUAUUAAGGCAGCAUUACGUGAUCUUGGUUGCAAAGUUGAACUAAAAGAAGAAUGGACUGGUACUGCCGAAAAGAAAAUUCUCAAAUGAAAUUGAGGG